GUCGGGCGGGUCGUAGGGCAGCAGCACGCAAUCUGUCAUCACGUGAGCGGUCACAAUGGUUUCUGAUGGUCCUGUCGUCGACGAACAGCGUCGUCCAGCCUGCGAGAUCCUCUGAAGUCUCCUCGGUGGAAAGCCGACCUGGCGCCCGAUCGCGCAACAUCGAGGACGAUAACGACGAGGAGGAGGCUUAGCUAUCUCUCACUGGUUUAUUAGAACUUCAGUAGCAAAACACAUUAUUCAUGAUGACGGAAUAUUGGCUGAUUUCCGCGCCGGGAGACAAAACCUGUCAGCAGACGUGGGAAACUAUGAACAAUUUAACAUCCAAGCAGCACUCUCUAUCGGUGAACUACAAAUUUCAUAUCCCGGAUCUGAAGGUCGGAACGUUGGAUCAGUUGGUUGGUUUGUCAGAUGACCUAGGCAAACUUGAUGGAUACGUGGAGCAAGUAACGCGCAAAGUGGCGACGUAUUUGGGUGAGGUUCUGGAGGACCAGAGGGACAAGCUACACGAGAACCUGAUGGCCAACAAUAGUCAAACAUCAAUGGAUGGGGAGAGCUCGAGCCCCGAAGGGGGUCCGGACACCCCGCCAAACACCCCUGUUACACCAUCACCCAAGACUACGAUGGAGCAUCACAGGCAGUGGAGGGAAUUGGACAAGUCCGAACCAGAGCCGGCCGCCUUUUUAGGUGAUCUGCCAUCAUAUAUAACUCGAUUCCAGUGGGACAUGGCUAAAUACCCCAUCAAACAAUCUUUGAGGAACAUUGCGGAUAUUAUCAGUAAACAAGUGGGACAGAUUGAUGCUGAUCUAAAAACUAAAUCCACGAUAUAUAACAAUUUGAAAGGCAGCUUACAAAAUUUAGAAAAGAAACAGACGGGGAGUUUAUUAACGCGAAAUUUAGCAGACUUAGUAAAAAAAGAACACUUUAUUCUGGACAGCGAAUAUUUAACUACUUUGCUCGUCAUUGUACCGAAAUCCAACUUUCAGGAAUGGUACGGUUGUUAUGAAAAACUGACAGAUAUGAUUGUACCGCGCAGUACACAACUUAUUACUCAGGAUUCUGAAUACGGAUUAUUCACGGUUACUUUAUUUAAAAAAGUAAUGGAUGAGUUUAAACUGCACUCUCGUGAAAAGAAGUUUAUUGUGCGAGAUUUUAUAUAUAAUGAAGAGGAAUUAGCAGCAGGAAAGAAUGAAAUUACAAAGUUGGUAACUGAUAAAAAGAAGCAAUUUGGACCACUUGUCCGUUGGUUGAAAGUGAAUUUUAGUGAAUGUUUUUGUGCUUGGAUUCAUGUUAAAGCUUUGCGUGUAUUUGUUGAAUCCGUUCUUAGAUAUGGCUUACCUGUCAAUUUCCAAGCAAUAUUAUUGCACCCGCAUAAGAAAUGCGCGAGGAGAUUACGUGACGCUCUAAAUCAGCUUUAUGCUCACUUAGAUUCAUCUGCUACCGCUUCAACAGCGCACAAUCAAGAUAAUGUGGAUAUACCAGGACUAGGUUUUGGCCAAAGUGAUUACUUCCCGUAUGUCUAUUACAAAAUCAACGUAGAUAUGGUUGAUAGUAAGGUCUAAUUAGAGUCUGCUUUUUUCUCCUGAACGUCGUACUUCCUUUUAUUUAUCCAGAUGAUAUAAUUCUAUUACAUCAGGAAUCUAGUGGCAGAAAUAGUUAUUUUUCUAAAUCGAUGAAAUUAGAACGAUGUAUAAACUGUAAUAUUGCUCGGAACUGUGCAUAAGAGUUUAUGCAUUCCCUUAUACAUAUUGCCCUCAAGUAUUAAAUAUAAAUCAAGUGAAGUUAUAGACGAUAAUAAGGAUUCUCAGGCAAAUACCAUCAAUUGUAUGCUUUCGACUUGUAUGUCUUCUUGAUAUACUUGGAAACAGCACAACAUGUUUUACACGUUAUUGUGACAUAAAAAUGUAUAGCGUUUCUAAGUAGAAUUGCCACGAAGCAAUCUUAUUAUUCAUUAAUCUGUUAAAUAUAAAAGUAAAGAGCUGAUCUUUCCAUUAAUGUAUAAAAGAUCAAGACUUAUGAAGAAAAAAUAUAUACACACAUCUUGUUACAUCAUGUAAAAAGCAUUCACACCAAGUGUGUCAUGUGAAUAUUUAACAAAUUGUUAACCACAGUUUAGAAAAAAUGGAUAUCUUAUUGUUGAAUAUUAAGAGAAGUUUCAUGUAAUGUAUUCUUAUAGUAUAUUUUAUUGCUUCAAACAAAUUUAUGAACUACAAAAACACAUUUCAUACGCGCGUAAUAUUUGCAGAUUAUAUUACGUAUUGUCUGUAAUUGUCAUGUUAUCAUGAAAGUAUAAGAAUUUUAAUAUAUUAC